AUGGAUAAAAGCGAAACACAUUGUGUUGAUGGUGAUAUAUGGUCAUUUAGACUUGAUGAUAAACCAUUGAUAGAUGUUGAUUAUAACGAAAGUAGAUUUAACACAUCAGUGGUAUUAGGCAAUACGAUAUAUGAUGGUACUGUUGCCGAUGUGUUAGGUGUUACAGAAACAGAUGUCAUUACUACUAGUGCUUCAGAAACUAUAACUGGAAAAUUUUUUGGCAGUGUUGGUUGUACGGCUGUGGUUUUGGACGGUAUACCGACAUUGACAAAUCGAGGUUCAGUAUUUGAUACAUAUUGUACGGAAAGAAUUGGAGAACCGCGCUCAUGUGAAAUUGGAUCUAGAUAA